CUAACGCCCAAUGACAAAUGUCGUGUAUAAUCCGAUGUCAGACGUUCGACACAGUGAAUAAAAGGCUUCCUCGCGUCUUCCAUGCAAUGAUGCAUAAUUCCCUGAAACAAUAUGUCUGAGUCCUACAGUCAAGAGAACUCAUAUCAAGAGCGCAUGAUCGAUAAAUCGGAGGCUGGCACUUCCGCGCAUCAUGCAACAGCGCCAGUCAUAACCCCUAUCAUCUUACCUGACGCCGAGGACAAACCAUUCUCACAUGGCCUUUUCGACAAGGAUCCAGGGACGACUGCUGCAAGAAAAGGCUGGUUAAAGAUCAGCAUUCUUGGUGUACUCGUUCUUUUCGUUAUGAUUUGGGGCAUUCUACCCAUUUAUUGGGCUGCUCUUGGUCGGUCGUACAAUAACAUUCACAACCUAUCCGGAUAUGUAGUGGACUUUGAUGGAGGUGAAAUUGGGCAAGCAGUGAGGCAGGCAUUCAGGGACACAACUGGUCCGCAACAAAUGUCUUGGCUGAUAUUGGAUGCAGCGCAAUUUCCUGGUGGGCCAGAUGAGGUGGCCCAGGCUCUACUUGAUCAUAGAUGCUGGGCGGCUGUUACUGUCAAUCCCCAGGCUUCAACUAACUUGAAUGCGUCGAUCAAUACAGCCGAUGCAUCGUAUAACGCGACCCAAGCCGUGACCGCAUACCUUACAAGUGGUCGCAAUGAGAAUAUAUACCGAGCCGACAUCACCCCACAAGUCACCUCAAUACUGACCAUCGUAUCACACACAUUUGCACUUUUCUCCUCCCAACGUUUAGCGUCGAGGUCAGAUAUCUCGACACUCCUCCAAAUUGCGCCUCAACUGGUAAUUCAACCACUGGCUUUCACCAUUCAUGACAUAAGGCCGUUCAAUGUCCCUGUGGCCGCCGCGGUAGAUUACGUUGGACUUAUCUACCUCCUGAUUUUGGCGUUUGUGUUGACGAACCAACUUUUGGCGGCUCGCGUGGAAUCUGGAUUUGAGAAGCGUUUGAGGUUGCGACCUCUCAUCCUUCUCCGCCUGCUAUGGCCGGUCACUCUUUACUUCUUUGUUUCUCUAAUGUAUUCUUUGUUAAGUUUGGCGUUCGGAGUGCCAUUUAGCAGGAAUUUUGGGCAUGCAGGUUUUCUCAUCUAUUGGAUGAUGUCGUGGUGCAGCAUGUCCGCCUUGGGCCUCGCUAUCGAAUCUAUGAUCACCCUCCUCACUAUAAAAUUCAUUCCGAUAUUUCUUAUCCUGUGGAUAAUAUCUAAUGUAUCUGUUGCCUUUUAUCCGAUAGAAGUGUUGCCUGCCGUCUUUCGCUAUGGCUUUGCGAUGCCAUUCUACAAUGUUUCAAGCACAGUUCGGACGAUUAUUUUUGACACCAAGAACGAGAUCGGACUAAAUUUCGGUAUCCAAUUCUCGUGGAUUCUAAUCUCUUGUAUCACCCUUCCAAUAUUUCAAUGGCUCGUCAGACGACGACAAAUUAAGGCCUUAGAAGCAUCCCAAAGAGCUGCGCGAGAGAAGGCAUGAUGUGUGGAUAUCCGUAUCUUUUGUUCCAGACUGCUGGCCAGGGGGUGAAUACUUGGAACACACAAGCCUCGUUCCGGACUAGUACUAUAUAGUAAUGUCACAUAUCAAUGAAGUCUACAUUCAAAGUACUGUACAUUCUAAUAUGCUAAUUUGAUGCACUCGCACUAG